UGGUGUUCAAAUUAUUCUAUUUUCUAUUAUUAUUUUUUAGGCUUAAUCUUAUUUUUCAAUACCUUUUUUUAAAUGUUCUAGCUGAUGAUAGUCAACAAAUAAAACCAACACAGUCUGACAUAUCUACCACCAGCAAUUAUAUUAUUGUUUUUAAACCAAAUAUAAAGUCACUUAAAAUCAGAAAUCAAAUACAACGUAUGAAACUGCAUCAAGUCACGAAUAACAAUCAUGUAAAUUCUACAAAUGCAAUAUAUAAUGACACACCUAGAAUGAAUACUGUCAAGACAGAUUCAACUCAUAAUUUUACACACAUUAAAUAUAACAGUAUUGGAAAAUUUAGAUGGUAUACAGGAAAAUUUCAUUCAGAAGAUAUCGAAAAUUUGCUAAAUACAAAUGCCACUAGAAAAAAUAUAACUAAUAAUAUCAUGUUUAACGAAGAUCAAAAUGAACCAAUUCAUUAUUGGAUCAAAGAUGUUACCUUUUCAUUGCAAGAAUUUAUACAAACAAAUCCUCCUAGUUGGGGUCUUGAUAGAAUAGAUCAGAGGGAAGGCACAGAUGGUUAUUAUAAAUUCGCUUCUGAUCAGGGGAAAGGGGUUACAGUCUAUUUAAUGGAUUCGGGUAUUCUUGAGGAUCAUGUUGAUAUCGCUGGUCGAGUAACAAUAGGGAAAACAGUAGUUGGAGAUCCGGACGAUCCAUUCGAUUCUAAUGGACAUGGUACAUUUGUUGCCGGCGUUUGUUGUGGAACAAAAUAUGGCGUUGCUAAAGGAGCAAAUAUUGUAUCUGUGAAAAUUCUAGAUAAUGAUGGAAAUGGACAUCUUUCAGAUAUUUUAAUAGGCCUUCAAUGGAUAGUUAAGCAACACAUAUCUCAAAAGAAUGCUAAAAGCAUUGUCAAUCUAUCUUUGGGCUCUUUUUACAGUCAAGUUACAAAUGAAGCGAUUCAAGAAGCAAUCUCACUUGGUAUACAUUUUUCAAUUGCAGCCGGUAAUUAUGGUGAAGAUGCUUGUAAAUAUUCACCAGGUUCAACACCAGGUGCAAUUACAGUUGGUGCAAUAAACGAAGAUGAUUCUGUUUCAUAUUAUUCUAAUUUUGGCAAAUGCGUUGAUAUUUUUGCUCCAGGUACAAAUAUCAAAUCUAUUUGGCAUACAUCCAAGACAGCAACAAAGACAUUAACAGGCACUUCAAUGGCAGCACCACAUGUAGCUGGAACAAUGGCAAUAUUUUUAUCACAAGCUGACUAUACACCUUCUCAAUUAAUGAACUAUCUGAAAAGUGUAUCAACGUUAAUUACAGAAGACUUUACCAUAAAUAAUACAGGCAUAUUUUAUAGCGAUAAUAAAACGAUUAUUGAUAAUGCAAUUUACACAGGCUAUGAAGUAAAAGACCGUAUGGAUCGAAAGACAUUUGUUAAUGUAUUAUUCAGUCAACCUAAUGACAGUCAACCAUUUUGGAUUUAUGGGCAAUCAUUAAAUCAAGCAGCUUCUUUACAAAAAUUUACUAUAUCAUCAUUGUUAUUCAUCAUUACAUUUUUAGUUAUUUUAUAAAAAAAAAAAAAUACAUGUAC